AUGGAAAAGGACCUGGAUGAAGCGGGGAGAAGCGUUACAAAGAGGAGAAAACAGAACGCGCGAUCAAGCCCGAGCGGUAAAAGCGGGAAGGGAAAAGCCGAGCGCGGGCACGCGAGCCGGAGCAGCUCACUGCCCGCCAGCGCGGGGGAAGAGCAGGCCGACCGGGAUGGGCGUGUCCAGAGCGGCAACCAAUGGGAGGCCGGGGGGCGCGGAGGAGGCGGCGGCGGCGGUGGCGGCGGCGGCGGCGGCGCGGAGACGAAGGCGGCGGCGGGCGCGGCGCGGCGGGCGCAGCGGGGUGCGGGGGCAGCGGGCGGGCGUAGUGGCGGCGGCUGGCGGCUGAGGCGGCGGCCCUCGAGGGGAACAAAGAGCGGCGGCGGCGGCGGCGCUGCGGCGGCGGGCGGGACUGGUAUGGUGGUUCCACAGGGCAGACCCCGCUGCGCUCACCGGGAGGAGGCGGCGGCCGCGGCGGAGGCUGGCGGCGCAUCUCCAGAGGUGAGCGUGCGGCCUGAGGCGCGCGCCUGCCCCGCGCGGCGCGGCUCCCCGCGGGCACCUGUAGUUGGGGGGUCGGCCGCUCGGCGGCUCCGGGGGCCACGGGCCGCGGCCGCGCUCCGACCGGCCCCGCGCGCACUCGGGCGCCGGCGGGGGCGUUGCCUGGCGGCGGGGGCGCGCCGGGGCUCCGGAUUCCGCUCUGGUCCCUCGCCGAGUCCCGGCCCGGGCCAGCGCGGUGGCCGUCUAACUACGGUGGCCCUGCGGGACGCGGCCUUGGCAAGUGUGCAACUUCGCCCUCGGUGGACGAAGUCGCCACCAUGCCAGAGCCUGUUUGUCCCCUCGUAA